UUCUUAAAAGGUAGAUGCAUUUACCACUUUCCUCCAAUCUGAAUCAAAGAGCCCUUCACCAAGAGAAAAGACCAUUGAACUGCUCAUGGCUGGUCUCUUUUUUUCCAGUGUUUGAACGACUGUUUUCAAUGGAUGGAGUCCAUGACCUUAAGUGACAGCCUCCAGUGCCGCAUGAAAAAGUGAAGAAGUCUAAAUAUUACCGAUUCUAUUCUAACUUAGGCUUCAGCCAAACGUCUAGAUUAUUCUUCUGCCUUCCUCUGCCUGGAAUUGAGAAGAUAGCAUGGGAGGAAGGAACUCCACGCCCAACUCCAGAAAGGACAGUCAAGGCAUCCUUUCCACAACAGCCCCACCGACAACCCCAACUACAGCCCCACCGACAACCCCAACUACAGCCCUACCGACAAGCCCUGUAGCCUGUCUCCAGAAACACAAUGAACAUUUAGUCUUGGCCUUCUUUGCUGGGAUUCUACUGACCUUGUUGCUGCUGGCCUUUGUCUUGCUCCUCCUAAAGAGCUGCAGGAAAUGUCGCUCCAGUCCCAAGGCCUUGGAUCCUCACUCAGAUCCUCCAGCCAAGGCUUCCUCCACCCCAGAUGAGUCACUCACCUAUGCCAGCAUGUUAUUCAAGAUCUCGGGAGAAAAGACUGAGAACCAUGCUACAGAAGUAGAAGCCACUGUCUACGCUCAGGUUAAGAGAUGAGGUGCCUGGCCUUCCCACUUGAACUGACAGCCUGUUAGACACUUGAAGACUACAACUGUUUCCCUUGAUGUGUGGAGUAAAGAACCCAGGGCACUAACAAUACCCACCAGCAUCAUUGGAAGGAAUCAGCCAAAUGAAUGAUCCACCAAGAAUUUUAGAUAAAGGCAAACUCUUCACAGUGAUGACUCCUUCAUCAUCUGUUCGUCUACCCUGUCACCUUCUCCAAAACCAGAAGUCCUGAGCUCAUCCAUAGCCAAAACAACCAGCACAGGUGCUGGUGUUCUGGAACAAGCUCAAAGCUGACUAGUGUCACAGGUCUCAUACUCUGCCACUCAUCAGUGGCCAUUCAUUUAUCCAAGUUGGUUAAAUACUUUUAAAGUCUCAAAUCCUUCAUC